UUAUUACGUACCUAUGCUACAGCAGAAUCUCUGGCUACAGCUUACAGUGAGCUAAGGAUGGAUGACCAGCCUAUGAGUGAACAUUACCAAGACUCGCCAAAUCUUGAAACAGGCGUCGGCUGUGGGGUCUCGUCCUGCCCUUGCCACACCCUCAUACACACCUACUCCCCUCAGGGUGUAUUCAGUGAGUUCCCCUACCUGGGGCCGUCUAACGCGGAGGGAAAUCCCCUCAGGGUGUUUCGAUUGCAGCGACAGUACGAGGAGUUGGUUGACUCGUUUCAGCAACUGGUCACACAGGCUCUGUGUAUGAUCCGCUACAAGAAGGUGGAGCCUCAGAACUUAUUGGCAUUCCUCGAAAAGAUUGAUGCAACUCGUCCCUACGGUGACCAAGACGUAACCAAGCAACCGCUGUACGACCAACUACUGGACACGCUCAGAAAUUCCGAUUCGCUAGAGGAUAUAUUUGAUGCCAUCUACCCGUACUUCACUCCAUUCACGUAUCACGUUCUCACUGAUAUUCUGGUUGCCUAUGGCGACACGAGUGUCAAACAGUUUUACGUCCAAAAGCUCAACUAUUUCAACCAGCGUCCAAUCACAUUAGCUCCUCGAAUUCUCAAUCCUCCGCGAAAAAAUGGAUUCUCUUUUUUGCGAAUCUUCGUCUCCUGGGAUCCUUCGCAGCACACCCUCCACGAGCUGGAAGCAUUCCGAUUGGCCGCUUCAACUGCAUUCAAAAUGACCCAUUAUCCUCUCCUGCUGAUUGGUGUUGAAAUGAACGGAGGUGUCAUGGUGAUGUUGUUUCAAUUGCCGGUUUUUUUGAAGGGUCUUAUUUUGCCGUUGGACGCUAAUCAGAGGAGCUUGUUGACGGGGAAGAAUGUGCUGAGAGUUGAAAUAUGUGGGCAGCACGAGAUGACCAGGUCGGGAGAACGGAUGUAUGAAGAGUUGCUUCAAAAGGAAUUUGAUUUCUCUGGUACUGCAAUGGACGACAAUGAAUUUGUGACUCCGCCCUCCAGCCCACCACCCUCUACCAAAACAGUGCCUCUCAUUGGCACUGGUAACUUCUCCCUUAACCAGACAGAGGCGCAUCUAAGCAGCCACCAUUUCGAGCUGACUAGACCAGGAUUCCAGCAAAAAAGCUACAUAGCAUACGUUGCGAAUUCGUCUGAAAAUGGCAAGCUGAUGGCAAUGUUGCUGUGUGAGCAUAUCAAGAAUACGAGAAAUUCCCCGAAAAUUCUCAUUGUGGUAAAUACGUUUGGUCGAGCCUGGCAGUUGCAUGCAGAGUUGAAGGAGCUCCUGCCACUCGGAGAUAUCAAGUGCAUCACAGGUGCUGACAGUUCCACCGUGAGUGAGGAGUUCAAGCAUACACAGACAACCAUUACCAUGGUAACAGCUGGCCGCCUUCUCAGCGAGCUACAAGACGGCAAGGUGACCUUUAAACCCAUCACUCUGUUGUUGCUUGAUGAGACCUCGGGAAUACACCACGAAACAUCACUACAAGAUCUCGUUCAGUUGUACUCUGAAGCGAGAAGGCUGGAGAAGAUUGGCAGACAUGAGCCCCAGAUGGUCGGCUUCACUAGCCAACCAAACUCUGGUAUAUUUGCUCUGAGUGAGCGCUCCAUGCAGGACCACCUGAUCAGUGUGUGUGCUCUCACUGAGGCAAGCGGGGGGCUACUAGUCACUCCAAAGGUCCAUUCUGAGAUGUUUGUGCGCCAGGAGACAGAGGUUGCCGUGACAACUAUUCAUAUUCGAUGGCGACGUUUUGAUGUGCCCGCCCUCCUCUGUGUUGAGAUGAGUCGUAUUGAACGUGAAGUGGGUGUGGUCUACACUCUGGAGAGAUGGAACCAACACUACAUCGGCUUUGUACAGGAAAAGAGGUCUUCUGUGCCACAAGAUGACCCCGACCGUGAUCGUUUCCUCGCUCUUUACGACCUCCUACCCAUCUACUGCCGAGCUGUCGAGAUCAGUAAACGUCAAAGCCCAGAGGAAGUUGGUCCGUUUUUGGAAGAAAAUCGACCGAAAUUCGAUCAAAAUGACACCUCAACUAAGAAAGCACUUGAAUCGUAUGAUCACGUCUGUAAAGAGUACAAUGACAUCAUCAAGUACGAGGUUACCGUGGAAACAGAGGUUGCUCGAAUGCUAUCGGAGAAAUUUUCCAAGAAUAACCAAUGGAGAGGUUACUUGUUUAUCGACUCCAGUAGGGACCCCCAGCCAUUGACAGACGAAAUCUCCAGCAGUGUUAAUCACGCCAGGCCCACAAUUUUGUCCGGCAAAUACAUCUCAAUCUCAAAACUAAACAAGAAGCGAAAAGAUAUCGAGAUUAUUGAAAGCUUUGAAAGAGAAGACUCUAAGUUACUCGUAACUCAGUUUGAGAUCGAAAAAUUUGACGAUUUAUCAUUAAUCGAUUUGCCAACUUGCAAUUUUUUUGUCCGGCUGCAGUCUCAACGAAAUGAAUUGACCCGCAACUCACAUGAAGAGGAGUGCAUUCUAACACUGGUAUCUUGUUACAAACGUAAGUCUGUCCAAGAACUCAGUCAAUCGUUGCAAUCCACACUUCUUGAGAGAGCAAUCGCGAGCAUGCCGGAUCCCGAGGGGGAUGAGUUCAAAGGUCAAAUGGUGCUACAGCAGAGAAAUAUGGUUCGUGUGUAUACUGGCCGAAAUGCAACUAUCAUGAGACAUUACACACAUCGAAAACCACAAUCGAAAAAAGUGCCGAAAAUUUAUCAAAUUUCUCUCCGUUGUAAGAAAUGUAAAGUGUACGUUUGUCACGGGAACCAGAUUUUCAUGCUGUUCAUUGAUGGUGCUAAAAAUUAUGUUGUUCCGCAUUACGAAUUCAGACAAAAGAUAUCUGUAAAACGAUUGCGUGUAGCACGUAAAGUACCGAAGCUCAUCUCUCGCCUCCAGAAGAUGUACUGCACCAACUGCCAUUCCGAAUGGGGUCAUGUCUGCUUCUUCCCUAAACGAGGAAUCGAACUUCCUGUUUUACGAGCGAAACACUUCCUGUUUGAGUUGAGAAACGGCCUCCACAAGAUCAAGAUGUGGUCUGAUGCUUCCUUCUACAUACCUGCCUUGGGAGCGUGCACCAAGUACUUUGGUGAGGAUAGCGAUACUGACUGAACUUUAUAACGUUAGGUAGAAUGAUUAUUGACUUUCCUGCAUUUUGUAUUAAGUGUAUACUUUACCAUGCACACACUCUGAUCAAUUGUGAUCCAUGUCGUAAUUUCUUGACUGAUUAUGUUUUGCGCACAUUGUAAAUUUGCAUAUUAUUA